CAACUGCUUCCGGCAGACCGGCCCAGCUUCGGCGUCCUUGUCGGCCUGCGCCGAGCCCUCUGCAUAAAACCGCCAUCCUCGCCCUCCUGUUUGCUCGCCAGGUCUGCCCAAAUCGCUCUCUCGUCUCCAUCCUCAUCUGUCUGCGCAAUCCCUCGACCCAUCCCCUCUUCCUUCUUUGUCUCUUGAUCGGCCUCGCCCAGACCUGAGCCCUGCCAUGGACUCCAAGCGCCUCCGCAUCCGCCAUCUCGACCAGAUCCGAGCGCAGGAGGCUGCCAACACCGGCCGGCGGGGCCAUCAUCCCCGUCCCGCCAACCACUCGCGCGGGGUCAUCGCCAAGCGAGUCGAUCUCGCCUAUCUUGAAACCGGCAUCCCCUUCCAAAUGGAAGCUGCGGAUGCUCAGUCCGCCUCACCAGCACCCGCCCGUUCUGCUGGUCUGCGACCAACGACGCCCGUGGAGCGGGGUGUCAGCUCCCCCUCGCAGCGGCCUACGCCUCGGUCGGUCUCGUCCCCGGUGCCUGGGUUUCCCCUCAAUCCCAUCCCACCAGCCUCGCUGGGUCAGAUGGCCCGGUCACCGUCGCCCGUCUCAACAGGCGGCAGCCGCAGUCGUGCUUUCUCCGAUCCGACCAGCAGCCGCCCCGACCAUACCCAUCCCAAGCGUCAGUGGUUUCCCACCGCAUUCUCGUACUUGCUCCACCCAUCCGAGUCUGAUGCCGCCCAGGCCGCCGAACAUGCUGCUGCCCAGCCGAUCCCUCGUCUCGCCAGUUCGCCAGGCCGUCCGAGUCUCCCCCCUCCGUCCUCGGCCGAAGCAACCCUCGACCCGUCCGCGACCGUCACCAUGCCUGUGCUCUCGGCAAUCUCCUUCGACAGCAUUCUGUACUCGGGCUGGAUCGGCAGGACGCCGCGGGAUCGUCGCAGCUUCAACGCUCGGCCGUGGCCCAAGGUGUUUGGCAUUUUGCUGCCCGGGAUGCUCUUCUAUUUCAAGACAAGCCAGUGCACAGAGGUCGCCACAGACGUCCAUCUCCUCGAGAACAUCGAGUGCUCGUCGUUCAUCAGCCGGAUCGGCAAGCCCAUCAUCCACAUCCGCUCUCGCACCCAGACCGGGACCACCAGUCUGCAGUUUCAGUGCGAGGACGAUCUCGAGAAGCGCGGCUGGCUGUACAUGCUCGAGACUGCUGAUCUUCAAAAGGUCACCUACCAUGCUAGUAAGCUGGUGACCUUCCCGCUUCCUCCCAAGCCAGCUCUCGCUGGUCGGCGUGGCAUCCCGCCGCCGCCACCACCACCCAAGGACGAUGCUCCUGCGAUUCCAAGUAAGCAGCCUACAGCUGCUCGGAGCGUCCAGGCAACACCUGCAAAGCCCUCGCGUCCGCGCGCAGAUGUCAAGAAGAGCGAGCGCAUGGCCAAGUUUGCUCAAUUCAUGCGCACAUAUCCGACCAUCCCCAUCCGCACAACCUCAGCCCAGACUGCGGCCGAAGCGGAAGUGGAAGCCGCCGACGGCGAGGUGACCACGUCCGCAGAGACUCUGGCUUCGCCGGCCCCGGCCUGUGCUCCCGCCUCUAUCCACCCCCUUCCGACCGAUUCUGCACCGGGCCCUUUCCACUCCGCCAAGACAGGACACAUCAUCUACGUCAAUCCCAAAACCUGGGACGACGAUUCGAUGAUGCGCGAAGACCAGCUGACGUUCACGGUCAUUGACGACGUCUCCAAACUCGAGUUCCCUCAACAUUAUCAGCGCAGCACCUACAUGCGUCCUGGGAGCUCAGCAGCCCUGUAUAUGACAAAAUCGGUCUCUCUCCCUCCAAGCACGCUCAAGCACCAGAGCAACAUGACUGAGUCGGCGGUAGCAUCGACGCGCACUACCGUGAUCAGUGAUGCCCCGAGCGAGACCGAGCAGCAGUACGAGUACGACUCAGAGUAUGAUUCGGAGUACGACUCCGAGUACGGCUCUGAAUACGGGUCUGAGUACGAGUCCGAAUACGAUUCAGAACAUGAGCGGGAGCCCAAGCAGGGGCAAGCAUCUGCCUCCUCGGCCACCGGCCAGCUCCUCAGCUCGGCGCUGCCCAAUCAAGUCUUCAACUACCUCGUUUCUAUGACCCGAUCGAGAGUCGAGGCCCAGCUCCAGGCCAUUUUCAAUCAGCGUGAGCAGCCGGCCGGCUGCGAGAAACCGUGCUCGCCAAUCACCACGUCCUCGACCCUCACCCGUCGCUUCUCUGUCUCCUCGCUACAAAGCCUUUCGCAUGGCUCUCCGUCGCUCUAUCAUCGGAACUCGGUUGUGUCGAUCAUCAGCGCCCACAGCGGAUAGACGGUGUCGUCGAAGCAUUGCUGAUGCUCUGAGUCCGGCAUCUCGCAUCUCACAUCUCACAUCUCGCAUCUGGUCUGGUCCGAAGUGAAACUUGGCCGUCUCGUCGCUGGAAACGUGCCCCAGACCCUGUACUCGAGGCCAGGACCUCAUCGCCGAGAACCGCAAAUAUCGCCUCUUUGCUCCUUUUGCUUUAUCUGGAAGUAGUAGCGAUUGCUGUUGCCACAACCGCUUGAGCCCUCCUCGCUUACCUCUCCGCGACGCACAUGGCCGCCGUCUGCUCCUCCCUCGCUCUCCACCCUCUCCACCCU